AAUAAUGACGUUUCCGAUGUUUGUGUUGAACAUUAGUGACCUGGCAUGUGGCAAAUUUGUGACAGAAGAUUCAUUAUUGUGUUCUCAAGAAAGAAUUUCAUUUUUAGCUUAGUUUUAAAUAAAUAAUUAAUAAUUUUCACAUUCUUGGAGUCGACAGUUUAUACUUGAAUUCUAGUCUUAUUUUUAAUUGUAAAUUAUAAACAGAUCGAUAGAGUGAAACUUUUCUAACCUAAUUUUGUCCAUUUAACCGGGGAGGAUAAUUUUAUUUAUUUUUCAAUUAAAAGAAAAAUGCAUUCAGUUUUAACGAGGGGAAAUGCUAUAUUAGCAUACACUCUAAGUGUUUCAGCUUGUCUGACUUUUGCCUGCUUUUUGUCGACAGUUUUUAUCGAUUACAGAACGAAUGUCGCAUUGAACACAGCUGGUGUACUUGUAAAAAAUGUUCCAGAUUUUAGUGUAUCAAGAGAAAAGAACGACUUGGGGAUUUUAAAUUUCGACAUAAAAACUGAUCUCAACAAGCUGUUUAACUGGAAUGUUAAACAAUUAUUCUUAUAUUUGACUGCUGAAUACAGCACAAAAGCAAAUGCAGUGAAUCAAGUUGUUUUGUGGGAUAAAAUAAUUUUACGUGGAGAAGAGACGAAUAUCAAUGUGAAAAAAAUGAACAUGAAAUACUACUUCUGGGAUGAUGGAAAUGGCCUCAGAGGAAACAAAAAUGUGACUCUUUCUCUAACUUACAACAUUAUUCCAAACUCAGGAUUACUUCCAUUUGUAACAGCAACUGGAUCUCAUAAAUUGGUAUUCCCAACGGAAUAUACAAAGUCAAGAAUGUAAAGUUUUAUUUAAAUCAAGUUUAGGUUUGAUAAUAUUCCAAUUUAAAAAAAACAAUUUCUGUCAAAUCGUUAAUAAAAAAAAUGUUUUUUAUUAAA